AUGGCACACGCAGCUCGCAUCGCGCGGCAGGCCGUGCAGGCCGCGACGAGCGCGCGCGUGCGAUUCUCCACGGAGGCGGCGAAAGCCUCGCGCGAGACGCUGCUGGUGGAGGACGACGCGGCGCUGCGCAAGUACAACCCGCAGAAGGCCGCCAUGGCCGCCUGCAACACCGUUGGUAACGCCGUCACGGCGCUCGUGCUCGCAGCGGCGGCCGUGGACCUGUCGUACCGCGUCAUGAACGCGCGCACGGACCACCCCACUGCCUUCCCCGCUUCCCUAACCAUUCAUCCUCUCCACCCCGCCUGCUACCCAUCCGCCCCUGACUUCUCCCCCUCGCACUCUUCCCACCCACCAUGUCACCUCGAAGCCAGCACCAUCACCCGCAUCGCCGUGCUUGCCUCCACCACUAUCAUGCUCUCAACUCCACUGGCCGCUGUGAUGCACAUGGAUGGCUCAUACAAUCACCAGCUAAUUUCUGUUGCGGGUGCGGGUGGUGACGCGGAAUGGCUCGGCGGCCGCAGCAGCGACGAGGAGGCGAGCAGCGGCGAGGAGGCGCGCGACGAGGCGCAGCUGGGCGAGCUGCUCCCCGUGGCCGGCGCCGAGUGGCUCGCGGACGCGCCGCACGCGGAAGUCGCGCAGGCGGAAACUGGUGAGGCGAAUACUAGGCGGGCGGUAACGGGUCAGGCGGAAAGCAGGGAGGCGGAAACGGGGCAGGUGGAAACGAGGGGAGCGGAAACUAUGGGGGCGGAAACGAGGGGAGCGGAAACGAGGGGGCCGGAAACGAGGGGGGCGGAAACGAGAGGGGGGGAGGUGGAGAGGGAAAGGGCGGAGCAGGCGCAAGGAGCGAGUGGAGCUGCUGACGCCCAUGGCGCGCCCUCGGCACUGGCGACGCCCUCGGCACUGGCGACGCCGCACCCUGCACGUGCUCCCGCUGGUGCCACCGCGGGCGAGGCGCGCACAGCGCCCGCGCAAGUGGAGGCGACUGGCGGAGGGGCGGGGCUGUCGCUGCCUGGCGUGAACGCGCUCGCUGCAGCGCGGGAACGGGAAGAGGAAGAGGAACGGGGGGCAGGGGAAGGAGAAGGGGAAAGGAGGGAAGGGAAAGGGGAAGAGAAGAAAGGGGAAGAAAAAAAAGUGGAAGGGGAAGGAGAGGAAGGGGAGGGAGAGGGAGGAGAGAAAGGUGAAGGAGAGGGAGGGGAAGGGGAGAAGGCGGGUGGAAAUGACGGGGGGCGGGGCGAGCAGCGCGCAGGCAGUGAGGGCGAGGCGGGACUCCGCGCGCGCCACCUGCUGGCGCUGCUCAAGGCGGCCGCUGCUGCUGGCGGGCGCUGCUGGCUGCCCGUGAGGUGCGCUGGCGAGGCGGGUGACAGCGACAGCACGGGGCAGGGCGGAGGAGGGGAGAGCGAGCAGGGGCGGCGGGUGGUGGCGGCGUUCCUGCGCGCGCGCGAGGCGGGCGCAGUGGUGGCGCGGGGGAGGGCGGGGCGAAGCGAGGAGAGGGCGCGGAGGAGGCGGAGGCGCGCAGGAAGGGGUGGGCGCGUGGGGAGGGGGCGCUGGCCGGGGGAAAGGGGCGCAAGGCGAGAUGGCGGAGCAGGCAGGGAAGGGGACGUGGAAGCGGGGAAUGGAGUGGUUGAAGGCGCAGAGGGGCGGCGAGAAGGGGGUGUGCGCACGAAUGAGGAGACGGGCCAUGGUGGCGAUGAUAACGAGGGGGGCAGCAGCGACGGCGGCGAGUGCAGCGACGGGCUGGAGGAGCUGCUGGCCGUGGCGGGGUUCGACCGCUGCGAGGAGGCCGAGGUGGCGGGGGAGCAGGUUGGAGAGGUGCGCGGUGUUGCAGCGAGCAGGGUGGUGGUGCUGCCCCGGCUGGCCCGCGUGCAGCAUCGAGCUGAGUGGGCACCCGACUCGGUGAGUGGUGUGACAGAAAAGCAUGUGUUUCACGUCACACACUGGCCUCUUUCAUGCAUCCCCACUCUCAACUAUCCCCAACACCCCAUCAUCAUGCCCAAAAUCCCUCUUUGCAUGCUCCAACCCCCUCCCACGCCCCCCCCUUCCCCCUUCCUUCCGGGUGUUUCUCUCACCACUCCCCUUCAGGCAUGCGCCCUCCUUGCUGCCACCUACAUCGCUCCCCAUGCCUCUGCGCCUGCUGCUGCGGCGAGGGUACAGGUAGAGCGUGCGGAUGCACUCGUGCUGCGCCGCCGCGACCGGCAGGCCAGCGAGUUGCGGCGGAGGAGCAGGUUGGCCGAGGCAGCUGAGGCUGCAGAGGCGGCACGGAGGGCGGCGGGCGGUGCGGCGCACUCACGUGAUGGAUUGAGAGAGAGACGGCUGCGGGAGCGGGAGGAGAGAGUGAGGAGGCGAGCAAGGGGGCAGGGAGGGGAGAAGAAGGCGGCGCUUGAUGCACGCGGCAGGGCGAUGGAUGCAGGUGGCAGGGCGGAGGAAGCAGGUGCGGAGGAGGGCGGCAUGGGGUUGGCAGGCGAAGGCGGCAGGCACGGUGUGACGCGUGCGGGCGCACUGCAUGGUGGGCGCAUGCACUGGCGUGAGCGACAACGCGGACAGGGAGGGGCGGAGGGUGGUCAGGGUGUGAGGCGGACAAGAGGGAGAGAGAAUGGGAUUGUGCGGGUGAUUGAGCAAGUGGUGAGGGAAGAGGCUGGGCCCGUGAGGGAUGUGGCAGGCAAGUUCGCUGCAUGCAGUGCGGUGGCGGAGAAGGGAGGGAGGAAGAAGAGAAGGAGAGGCCAAGACGAGGAACGAGGUGCGGACGUGCAAGGCAGAGUGGAAGGCGGAGUGGGAGUGCAGCGAGGAGAGGUGCAGGGGAGUGGUGGUGGUGAGGGGGGCGUGCACGUGCAGGGCGCAGAGCGGGUAGAGAGGAGAGGCACGGGAGUCCCUGUGACUCCCCAACAGGUGGAGGGGAAGCGACGCAGAGUGGUUGUGGCAGCAGCGGUAAGACCACCAGCACAACCUGCACAAGCACCACCAGUAGUAGCAGCGAGAACAGAGUCUGCAGCAGCAGCAGCAGCAGCAGCAGCAGCAGCAGCAGCACCAGCAGCACCAGCAGCAGCAGCUGCACCAACACCAUCAGCAGCAGCAGCUGCAGCAGUGGCAGCAACACCACCACCAGCGGCAGCAGUGGCAGAGGGUGAGGCAGCAGCAGGGGUGGCAGUGGGAAGUGGUGGUGGCGGUGCAGCGGAGGCGGGCUCGUCCCUGCGGGGCACGGUGCGGGGGGGGCUGCGGGCCAUGGGGCUGUACGAGGGCAAGCGCGGCAUCAAGGCGGAGCUGCGGCGCCAGCAGAGGGGCGUGGCAGCCAGUGCCAUGCGCGCCGUGCAGGAGAGCAGACGGGAGGAGGAGCGCGCAGUGCGGGCCAUGCGCGCCGUGGAAGCGGCGCAGGUGGCGCGGGUGGCGGCGGUGCAGGCAGAGUGUGACGCGCGCAUCAAUGCCUUCAUGCACCAGCUCUUCCGCGACAUGAGCACUCUCCAGGUGAGCAUGGGAGAAUGCACUCAUGCACAACACAAGGCAGCUAAUCAAGUGAGCAGGAAUCAUGGCAGUCCACCACCCGUGCAUCAACAGCACGGGCAGCUUUGUCAUGGGCGGGGCAUGAGGGGUGGGGCGAGGCAGAUGGAGGCGUGGGGGUGGGGCGAGGCAGAUGGAGGCGUGGGGGAGGUGCAGCAGCAGGGAGGCGUGGGGGAGGUGCAGCAGCAGGGAGGCGUGGGGGAGGUGCAGCAGCAGGGAGGCGUGGGGGAGGUGCAGCAGCAGGUAGGCGUGGGGGAGGUGCAGCAGCAGGUAGGCGUGGGGGAGGUGCAGCAGCAGGUAGGCGUGGGGGAGGUGCAGUAG